AUGAGGAUCAAAUCCUGGGUUAAGGCAAAAAAGACUGACGACUACGUCUUGACCAAGCUAAAACUGAACGAGUUAUCAGAUAUAGCUCUGAUGGAACACGCAACUUUCAAGAUCUUCGAACAGUUCAAGAUUGCUGGUUGGCUCAAGGAACAAGCUACUACAACGAAGGCCUGA